UUUGCUCCAUGGCAGAAGUGGACUGUCGAACGAGGGAAUGGCCAACGACAACGCCGUCCCAUGGAAUGGUGUUGCGCCGACGAUAACAGCAUAUGAUACCCAAUAGACACAUUCAAGGGCAACAUGUCUUCGCCCUGUUGAACAUUCAAGGAUCUUCCUUCCGGUAAUGACAUAUCUGGAGUGUGGAAAUACUGAGCGUGAAGUAUGAGAAAGUGUUGACAUCAGUAGCCAUUUACUCGACGAUGAAUGCACUCGCCAGCGUACAAAGCCUCAUGACAUCUGCUAAUUUAUCAACACUACACAACGCUAAAAGAAAAAAGAAGAUGCUAUAUCUAGUCCAACCACCCGCGCAGUCCAUCGAAGCCUGCGACCCGCUCUUUACCUACGCGCUCAGCGACCCCAUCCCUUCCGAGAUCUCUAUGCUCAAAAACUUUCAGAAUUGGGGCUGGGAAGUCUCUGUGCAUUUCCACGAUGAUGCAACUUACCUCAAUGCUACAAAAGAGGUCGAAAAGGCGAUAAAAACGAGACGGCGCAGGACGCAGAUGAUACAUGGGGAUAUGGUUGGGGACAUUCCCAGGUUGACUCUCGAGGAAUUGUGGCAGAGGGAGACGACUAAACGGUCGGAACAAGAACUAUACAAAAUCAGGGAGAAGGAGGAGAUCAACGAUGCAGCAAGCAUAAUGUCGCGGAUGACAGAGCAGAGAGCUUGGGUGCGUUGGGCUGAUAAGGAGGCUGAGUUGGAGGUGGAGAGCCCUAACGUAGAUCAAGCCAUCAAUAAGCAGUUUCAUCUGCCGCACAUCCCGAGCUUAGAAGACUGUGAGAACUCAAUACACAUUUGCCAAGGGCCUGCUGGCAGCCUCAAUACCAGCAUGCAUGUUUGCAACGUAUCCCGCUUUAUUGGAGACGACAUAUCCGACUGGCACGUACCUGUGCCACAUCACUCUCUCCAACGCGCUGGUUACCAGCCAGUAGGGCAACAAUCCUCGUCAUUUCCUACGUCUUCUACAUCAUCUAGUUCUCCAAAAGAAGCAGAUCUUCUCAUGGAUCCCCAUCCCAAUCUGAUACGCCAAGCGCUGUACUUUCAUCACAAGAUUCUAAAGAGCCUCGAAAGCUCCAGAAGAGAGUGUUUCGCCAUAACUCAGAGCCCUCGGGGAGAAAUUACUUACCGCUUCGGUUCGUUAGGCCGUUGUCUUGGGUGAAAGAAAAGCGAAACGGGAAUGAAGAGGGCAGUGCAAAUGCAACCACAUCGGAUCAACAGCAAAUUGAGGCUUUCGACGACGCAUGGAAUGCGGUGAAUACUGUUUCACGACGCAGCACGCCUCCACCUCUCGAGAUUACACCCGCCACCACUCAAUCAGACAGUUUCCUUGGUCCUUAUCAGUCCACCGCCCCCACGC